AUGACAUUAAGUGCAUUACACAAUGGUGAGGUGUUUACUGGACGAGGAUUAAAUCAAGAAAUAUCUUUAUGGUGUCCUGGUGAAGCAAGAUGGGGUUCUCAUUAUGAGUCACUAAUCAGAUUGAUUACAAUGUUCUCCUCAGUUGUUCAUGUGCUUGAAAUAGUUUUGGAGGAUGACAUAAGUUCUGAACAGAGAGGAGAAGCAUUUGCAUUAUUAGAUUCAAUUCAAUAUUUUGACUUCUCUUUUUGUUUGCACUUAAUGAAAGACAUACUUGGAAUCACUGCUGAACUAUCAGAUGCUUUGCAAAGGAAAGAUCAGGACAUCGUGAAUGCAAUGUCUUUAGUUCAAAUAUCAAAAAUCAGAUUACAAGACAUGAGAGAUAACAAGUGGGAUGCCUUCAUUACAAGAGUGUCUUUAUUUUGUGUUGAACACAAAAUUAUCACUCCGGAUCUAAAUGAUAAAUGGAUUGCUCGUGGACGAUCACGACGUGGACAUCAAGAAAUGACAAAUUUACAUCAUUACCGAGUCGAUAUAUUCUACACAGUACUUGAUAUGCAACUACAAGAGUUGAAUAAUCAUUUCACAGAAGCUAAUACUGAAUUACUUUUAUGUAUUGCUUGUUUAAAUCCAUCAAAUUUGUUCAGUGCAUUCAACAAAGACAAGUUAAUUAAAUUGGCAAACUUAUAUCCAAGUGAUUUCACUUCUUCUGAUUUGAUGAUUCUUGAUAAUCAGCUUGAAACUUAUAUUACGGAUAUGAAGCUUGAUGUACAAUUUUCAUUAUUAAAAGAUAUCGGAAGUCUUGUUGAAAAAAUGAUUCAGAGUAGGAAGGAAAUACUAUAUCCCCUUGUUUUUAGGCUAUUGAAGUUGGCAUUAGUACUACCCGUUGCAACAGCAGGAGUUGAAAGAGCAUUUUCUGCAAUGGCAAUCAUAAAAAAUCGGCUACGCAAUGGAAUUGGGGAUCAGUGGAUGAACGAUACUUUAAUCGCUUAUGUUGAAAAGGAAAUUUUAGAUUGUAUUGUCAAUGAUGUUAUUAUUCAUUUGUUUCAAAAUAUGAAGAACAGAAUGUAUAAAUUGUAA